UGUGCUGCGCGCUGCACAAAGCAGCGCGGCCCCUCCUCUCCUGCUGCUGCUCCAAUCCAUCGCAUUCCGUCCACCCCCAUAUCCUGCAAGUAUUCUACCCAGCCGCAAUCGCAAAUCCAGGAGCAACCAGCGGACGCCUCCUCCUGCGGCUGCCUGCCUGCCAUCCCUCCGCUUCUCGCCUUCCUCCUCGCCCCAAUCAAACCCUAACCCUGCGCCGCUCCCACUCCCCCGGUCGCUCUCCCCCUCUAGCGAGGUCGAUCGAUCGAUCGGUGCCGUGCGGCCGGUCGAUUACUCCAUUUCAUAGCAGGAUGAGCGGCGGCGAGCGGGACGACGCCGCCGCGCGUGGCAGCGCCAGCGCCGGCGCGGCGGCCGCGGGCAUCGACUCCUUCUCGCAGCUGCCGUUCAUCCGCCCGUCGGCUCGCGAGAGGAAGGAGCAGUCGUCCCCGCCGCCGCCGACUACGACGCCGGCGGCUGGAGCCGGGGGUAUACGGCUGUUCGGGUUCGACGUCCCGCCGGACGCCGCCACGGCCUCCUCGACCGGCUCGAAAGAUGCGGCCUUUGUCAAGGAAAGCCCCGCCUCCGCCUCCGCCGCCGCCUCGGACGACGCGGCAGCCGAGAAGGCGGCGGGCGCGAGCGGGGCCGGAGGGGGUAGCCGGAAGUUCGAGUGCCACUACUGCUGCCGGAACUUCCCGACGUCGCAGGCGCUGGGCGGGCACCAGAACGCGCACAAGCGGGAGCGGCAGCACGCCAAGCGCGCGCAGUUCCAGACCGCCAUGGCCAUGCACCACGGCCAGUACUACUACCCGCACCACCCGGUCCCGGACCCCGCCCACCUCUACCCCGCCGCCCUCGCCGCCUACCACCACCGCCUCGCCGCCGCGCCGCCGCCGCACUACCCGGCGUGGGCGGGCGCCGGCAGCGGCAGGUACUACAGCGGCCCCGGGUCCAUCUCGCAGCCGAUCAACGGCAGGCCGGUCGCGACGCCGCCGCCCGCGCUCUGGCGAGUCCCCUCGGGCGGCAUCGGCGUGGGGACACCGCUGGCCGCGCGGCGGCAGGAGGAGGAGCCCGCGCCGCCGCUGGCGGUGCACGGAGGCGAGGAGCCGGCGGUCGUGGGAGGACCUGGCUCGGCGCCCUUCUCGCCGUCGACCUCCUCGUCGUCAUCGUCGGCUUCGCCUCACAAGCGCCCCGCCCCGCCGGAGCGUAAAGAGAAUGUGAGUUUGGAUCUGAGCUUGUAGUCUCCGGAAAUGACCGUCGAUCGGUCGGUGACAGGCUUUUGUUGCCUUUUCUUACGAAACAAAAACGAGUGCCCUCUUUUUUUGGCCUCCUCUUUCAUGCGUGCAAUUAUUCA